AUGGAAAAUCUUGGCGACAAACUUAGUAUUUCACAAGUAUACCACUUAGCACAGGAAUACAGAGACCAUGCAUAUUCAAUUGCGAAUAAAAUCGGUUCUGAGGAAGGGUUGAAGCAGUAUUAUGGCCUCAUGAACAUGUCUAUCCAGAUGUUUCAGCUAUUGAAAACGAAAUGUACGCUUUCAGUUCUGGAGGAUAGUAAGGUCACGUUUGAGAUGGUGGAGUUAUUGAUACAGGAGACGUAUAAUUUUGACCUAGCAGAGCUUUACAUUUCCAGUUUGAAAGAACGGUUACAAACGCACCAGAGCGACACAGAUUUGGUAGAAGAGAUCAUGCGUUGCGAGUUUCUGCUGUUACAUGACUUGCCACUUAUGAGAGACAGUAAGUUCCACUAUAAGAUUGCACUAAGAAAUUGCAAUGAAUUAGUCCAGUACAUGGUAAAUUUGCAGGAUGAGUUGUAUCAAAAUUGGGCAUCCGUAUUCCAGUAUGUCGGCGUGAUGCUUUGCAUUAAGCUGAAACAGCACCGCAGGGUGAAGACGAGUUUUCAUGGGCUACUCUCGCAAUGUCGGGAAAAGUCACAAUGGAAAUGGUUUCUAAAUCUGUGUUAUGUGAAUUACUUGCUAAAUGAGAGGUUCCCAAUCCCCGAGGAUGCUCUGCAGGAGCUGCGAAGCACGGAGCUGCACACGGUGGGGCCUGAGCUAUAUGCAUGGAAGUUGGCAUUAGAGAUGGUAAUCCAGCUUUGUAAAGACGGGAAUAUUACGGACCACUUGAACGAAUUCAAAAAUUUCUUUGACACAAACAAGCAAUCUCUAGUCACUAAUGAAGGUAAGGGAUGUGUGAUCAAAAUCAUGCCAAGGAUAGCGCUGAAAGUAGAGUUGCCUAUGAUUUUCCACUACAAAGAAUUAAAGAACAUACUGUUAUUAUUGCAAAGUGUCAGCUACAUCGUGAACUGUUAUGACGAAAAGGGCAAUUUUUCCAGGAAGUUCCUCCCCAAAGUCUAUUCUACAACGCAGAAACUGAUUAAGAACAUUGCCGCUGGCGGUGUUUCGAUGAAUGAGCUGGACUCACGAAUCCAGACAUACAAGAGCAUUCUUGAAUUCUGUGAGUUUUACAAAGUGUGGGAACAAACACUCUUGAAGGGGGCCGUAGUGACGACCGAGUCACCUAAGUUAGGGCCCUCUCCAGGCUACGUGAGGCUGCUGCAAGCCAUGAAGGUUCAGUUUGAAGGCGGCGGGGCCGUAGAAGAGUACACGCGGCUUGCACAAUCUGGCGGUACAUCCAGCGAGGUGAAGAUGAUAUCGCUUCUGAAUUGCUACACAGUGCAGGCGGCAAGAGUGAGCCGAUGUUCGGGGGACAAACAGGGCGAACUCGUAGAGCAAUGCAACAAGGUGUGGCUUCAGGUGGAGAAAUUGCUACAAGAAACGGAUCUGCAGUUCAACCCCAUAUGGGAGUGCACAGUAACGAUCCUAUGGCUUUUCAGCCAUUUCGAGCCGUUCAGUUGGAACCCGCUGCCAUGUAGUGACAAGCAGCGCGCCGAGUACGUGUCGAAGCUCCGCGAGUUCUACUCUAGCAACAAGUUCGUUGCCGGAGAAGCCGUUGCGGACAACCGCUUCAAAUUGAAGAAGGCUCUGUUGCUGCAAAUACUGGUAAACUACUUAGGCGGUCGAAUGCUCGAACACGAUCUGGGCGAGAUCUAUGCGAUUUCAGCAAAGUGUUUCGAUAUGUGCCGCCAGCAGGGCGGCAUGCGCAAGGUCCAAUACGUGAUCGGAAUAUGGCAUUUAAUGAAUUGUACGGUGGCGAUGCGGGGAAAAGACGUCGCUCUCACGAACGCGAAGCUGGAGGCGCUGGUUAAGCAAAUCACCAGUGUCAAACAAUAA